GUAGUAACUUCUUUUGGUGGAAUCUGAUAUUUUUUCGUUUCAUCCAUAAAUUUAUAAAUUAUAUUUGAAAUUUUUUGAAUGAUUUCCUUGUGUUCUAGCGUCUAGUGAAAUAUUUCAUUCCUCAAUAUGAAUCAGCAAGAAAACCGACCAGAACUGUAUGAAGAAGUUAAAUUAUAUCGGACAGCUCGAGAAAGAGAAAAGUAUGAUAACAUGGCUGAUCUUUAUUCUGUGAUCAACACUCUCCAAUGCUUAGAAAAAGCCUAUAUUAAGGAUUGUGUUACGCCUAAAGAGUACACAGCUGCCUGUUCCAAACUUUUAGUACAGUAUAAAGCUGCAUUCAAACAAGUCCAAAGUGAAGAAUUUCCAAAUGUUGAAAUAUUUAUGAAAAAAUUUCGUCUUGAUUGCCCUGCUGCAAUUCAACGAAUCAGAGAAGAUAGACCAAUCACCAUCAAAGAUGAUAAAGGGAAUACAAGCAAAUGUAUUGCAGAUAUUGUUUCACUUUUCAUUACAAUUCUGGAUAAAUUGCGUUUGGAAAUGAAAUCAAUGGAUGAGUUGCAACCAGACUUGAAGGAAUUAUAUGAAACUAUGUGUCGCCUUACACUAGUGCCGGCAGAUUUUGAUGGAAAACAAAAGGUGAAUGAAUGGUUGCAAACAAUGUCAGCAAUGGCAGCCUCUGACGAAUUAACUGAAAGCCAAGUUAGACAGUUCAUCUUCGACUUGGAAUCAGCUUAUAGUGGUUUUAAUAGACUGUUGCAUGAAUCCUAAACAUCUGUCUCAGCAUUUACAAUGUUUCCUUCUUUGAUAUCUCAAGAAUUUUAAGUAUGUAAAUGCUGCACACUAGCCAUUUUGUAAACUUCAAUUAUUUAUACUUCCAGUUAUGCUUUGUUACGCGUGUUUAUUUUGAAUGGUACUUACCUAUUAUUUUGCAUCCCUGUUAGCAGGGACUGAUUUAUGGCAGGGCAUUCGGGGCCCGGGGCACCAAAGGAAAGGGGGCACCAAAUUUCUGUCAUCAAUUUUUUUUUAGGGACCACUGUUCGAGGCUUCUAACUAAAGGGAACAAAAAAAAAUUUUUCAUUUGAUAAUUUUUUUAUUAAAUGAAAGCAUAUUAGCCAAUUGUUGUGGAGAACGAUCAUUUUCCCUAUUGAAGAGAAUUAAGUGUCCUUUGCGUACUCUCAUUUCUGAUGGUAAAUUAUCUUUAAUAGCUGUAUUAUCAAUAGAAGGAAUUUUGACCUAAAACUUGAUUAUUAGGACAUGAAAGAUGAAUUUACUACAAGAAAACAAAGGAGAAAAUAUAUAAAGAAUCUUUGAUGUGCAGAAAGCACAUUAUGAUUUACCUUUACCAUUGGUAUCAGUUUUUCCAUCUGCAACUGUAAAAAAUUUUCUAACAUGAAAACCAUAAAUUUAUUUUAGAUUUAUAAUAAAUGAUUUCUUUGCAAAACAUCUUAAUUAUUAACUUUUUUCGUGUGAAAUCGAUAUUUUAAAGUGUUCUUUCUAUCAAAGUAAUAUCGAACACUUGCCUUCAUAUUUUUGUGUGAGGGGGGGGCACCAUAUUUGUCAGUGCCCGGGGCACCCAGGUGUGUAAAUCGGUCCCUGCCUGUUAGCAAAACAAAAAGUUGUCGCCAUGUUCGAGAUGAUAGAGUACCCGAACUCAUUCCACUCAUUUUAGAAAUGUGUCUGGUGGACAUAUUUGCUGAGAUUUCAAUGAUCGUUAAACUGGCAUUUGAUGAUAGUUUGUUUUGAUGGAAAUAAUUGACAAGAUAAUACUUAAGUACCACUUCAAGAUAUGAAAUUGAAUUGUUAGUGAACAUAUAUUUUAGAAUAAAAAGUUAUCUUAUGUAUAUAAGUUCAAUUUUUAUAUAGAUGUACAUAGCAAAAAGUAUAAAAAGCAUGUUACAUUUGAUUGUGAUGUAAUUAUAAUGUGGUAUUGUUUAUUGGUGUUUCAAGCGUUUUAUACAAAUUAAUAACCAUCAAAUUAAUAACCAUGUGUAUGUAUGUAUAAAAUAUAUUAAAACACUUCCCAAUGGUUUUAUUUGGAAUAUUCUUUUUUUAUAAUGUAAUUAAACUUUACAUUAUCUGUAAAAAUGUUAAUAAUAAAACAUUUUGAGGCAA